AUUUUAGAUGCACUUUCCAUUAAGUUCUCGAAUCGAAUUACAUCGAACGACUCUCAUCAGCCAUCCACCAGCGUGUCCAAUGCACGAGGAUGAAGCGUUUUGGUAGCGCAGGCGUAUGUAACAUCACAUAGGCGGAUCUCGCGUUGCGCUAUUUAACGCGGCCACCUGCACUGCAAAGAAAGCAUUUUCUCGGUGUCUUCCUGGAGGAGUCGCAAGCGAUGGACCUGCACAUCUUGGACCAUAAACUGAGGGUGACGUCUAUUAGCAAAACGGGACUUGAACAGUACACACACCCCCUAAUCAAACUGAUAUUUCUCAGGAACAGGACGAGAUGCAAAUUUUUCAGUCUCACAGAGACUCCGGAAAAUUACACAGUUGUCCUCGAUGAGGAGGGAUUUAAAGAGCUCCAGCCGUCUGAGCACUUACAGGUGGAGGGCUCCACUUGGCUCCCGCUCAAUGUCGUCUCCAAUGGCAACGCCUCCAGCAGCUCACAGGCUGUGGGCGUCACCAAGAUUGCCAAAUCCGUUAUCGCUCCAUUGGCUGAGCAGCAUGUGUCCGUCUUCAUGCUCUCCACUUAUCAAACUGACUUUAUUCUGGUGCGAGAGAAAGACCUGUCGGUUGUGGUGGAGACUCUAGUGGAGGAGUUUAAUAUUUUCCGAGAGGAGGGAGGAGAAUCAGUACCUGUCCACAGUCAGGACUCCUGCAACGGCCUUCAGCGAAAUGGCAGAGAGGUUCCACAUGCAACAGUUCAUCCGGUGCUGAUUCCAGAGAAUCAAUUUUGUGUAAUGAGCUUGGAUCCAGACACACUGCCAGCGAUCGCCACCACCCUCAUAGAUGUUCUGUUUUAUUCUAAUAGUCCUAAAGAGGGCGCCAAUGCUGAUCAGGACAUGGAAUGUAUCAAGUUCUUCUCCUUCUCUCUGAUUGAUGGAUAUGUCUCUUUGGUGAUGGACACAGAAGCACAGAGACAAUUCCCCGCUGAUCUUCUCUUCACCAGCUCCUCUGGUGAGCUCUGGAGGAUGGUGAGAAUAGGAGGGCAGCCACUCGGCUUUGAUGAAUGUGGGAUAGUCGCUCAGAUUUCUCAGCCUCUUGCAGACAGUGAUAUAUCAGCUUAUUACAUUAGCACCUUCAGCUUUGAUCAUGCUCUGGUUCCGGAAGAAGACAUCGUGAGCGUGACCGAGAUGCUUCAAUCUCAGAGGAAGGACAUAUCCAGUUGAGGCUGCACUUGAAUGCAUCUCAUCUCGAGAAGGGUAGAAAAAGGGCAUUUGAGCCACUAACACACAGUAUUACUCCACAAGACUGUCUUACCAGAACCAGAGGUGCUUCAUUCACAGUAUUUGAGAGCUGAGGCUUAAAACAGGCCUAAACUCAGAAAAUCGUGGCAUUUUUGCUUUUGCAGAAACAGCAGUGCUGACUGUACACCAUUACUGAGAAUCAAAGUAUUUACAUGAUUUAAAAAGGACAUGUUAAUGCUUGAUUAUUUGAAGCACUUUUUUCUUAAUUGAAUUAGAAGAUGAGAGGACCUUAUUGAUUUAUUUCUUCAUUUUAGGGGUGAUGAUACAAUAAUGUCCUGUAAUGCAAAACAGGAAAUUCCCUGUUUGGUUUACCUGCUGCCAUUAUGUUCUGCAAAAAUCAUUAUUACUUUGAGUAUUGCAUACAGACGUCUUCCAGUAUUGUCAGAAUCAGGUUUUUUUCUUAAGUAACCCUUUUUGGGGUCAUGCAAAAGAAUUUUUAUUAUUGUAGCAACUUUUGGUGUCUCUGAAACAUUGCACUUAGAAAAGCAGUUACUGACAGUGAAUAUUUUGAUCAGAUUAGAAUAAGCAUUUCAAGCAUAUCUCGCAAAAACCUGUUAUUAAUGAUUGUUUCAAAUCACAUUUACAUCCAGUUGGGUGAAUCUCUCAAGAACAUACCCAGCUCAUAUUUCACCCCAAAAGCAGCAAACAACAACAACAGCAACAACAAAAAAUGAAUCAUAUUUUGGUUUAAGGAAUAGUUCAUCCAAAAAAUUAAAAUUUGCUGAGUAUUUAUUCACCCUCAGGUCAUCCAAGAUGUAGAUGAGUUAUUUCUUCAUCAGAAAAGAUUUGGAGAAAUGUAGCACUACAUCACUUGCUCACCAAUGGAUCCUCUGCAGUGAAUGGGUGCCGUCAGAAUGAGAGUCCAAACACCUGAUUUAAAAACAUCAUAAUAAUCCACAUGUAAUUCACACCACUUCAGUCCAUCAGUUAAUAACUUGUGAAGCAAAAAGCUGCAUAGUUAUAAGAAAAAAGGCGUUUUAACUUUAAAUCGCUGCUUCUGGCCAAAAUACUAGUCUAUAAUCCAAAAUAAUGAUUCCUCCAUUGAAAAAGUUCAUCUUCUGUUGUCCUCUCACAUCAAAAAACAUAUUGGUUUAGAACUAUUUUAGACUUUUGUCGCUUGUAAAGGGCGCUAGAUCUGUGCAUAUUUCUCUCUUGAUUCAGAUGUGACAACUUUCACUGGAGAAAGUGAACUUGAUUUGAAGUUAAAAUAGUCUUGAUAGAUUUGUUUCUUACAAACAUGCAACUUUUCAAUUCAUAACAUUUUAACUGAUUUACUGGAGUCAUGUGGAUUACUUGAGGUUUUUAAUCAGCUGUUUGGACUCAUUCUGACGGCACCCAUUCACUGCGAAGGACCUACAUUGCAGUGCUACAUUUUUCCAAAUCUGUUCAGAUGAAGAGACAAAGUCAUCUACAUCUUGCAUGGCCUGAGGUGAAAACUUUUUCAGCAAAAUUUGCAUUUUUGGGUGAACUAUUCUUUUAAAGGGAAUGAAAUUCAUAUUUAUAACAAUUGAGAUUAUUUGCAUUUUCAUAGAAAUGAAGUAUACACACUGUAAAAAAAAAAAAAAAAAAAAAAAACAUUUGUUGAGUUAACUUAAAAAAAAAUCUGUUACCCUGCUGCCUUAAAAUCUUACGUUUGGUCAACUUGAAAUGUUAAGUUGUACUAAGUGACAACUUGUAUUUGAUAUUUGAGUUGACUUAACAAAAAUUUAGUUUGUUAAACUUAAAAGCUGGGUAAAUUACCCAGCUGCCUUAAUUUUAAGUUGAAUCAACUCACUUAACUUAACAUUUCAAGCUGACUAAACUUUUGAGUUGACUGAAUUUAAAAGUUUAAGGCAGCCGGGUAACAGAUUAUUUUAAGUUCACCUCCCUUUAAUUCUUAUCAGUACGUAGGAAAGUAUCUAUACGUCCUGUUGUACUUCCUUUACUGCUCAUUUGAAAUUAAGUAAUUGCAUAUCAGUGUUUGUUUUUACAGUACAAAAUUACUGUAUUACAGCAGUGAGAAUCAAAAGAGAGAAGAAUUCUCACCCAAAUUUCAAAGCAAACUCCAAGGAAAAUGGACACAUAACAGUAAUGGGAAUUUGAGAGGAAAUGUGUAAUUGUUUUUGUGAGGUUCACCCGUUAUUGAGAAAUCGCAUGUUUUGAGAAAGUUUUGACACACAUGCAACGUUUGAGUCACACAUCAUGAGAAGGUUUGAGUAAAUAAGUAUGUUAUGUAAAGUUUACUAGGAUCUUUUGAUUUGGCCCACAAAUUGAUAAGAAUUUCGAGGUUUAGUGAGUUCAGGUUCUACCAUUGCUUUGUCAACUGAUCUGCAAUGUGAUUAAGGAAAUGCCUCUUGCACAACCGUCUGCUUAAUGACAUUGUUAGGUGUGACGACUCUUGUGACAUUUCCGCCUUUGUUAACGCUCAAAAAUGCCCAGCUCCGGUGUGGCCUUACACUCACUCUUGAUAUUUGUUUAAUGCUAGAACAGGCUGCUGUUUUGUGACCUGUAUUUGAUAGUGAACCAAGCACAAAUAUUUUCAUGAGUUGUAAUCAAAGUUUUAAAACAAUCAUUCACCUAAUCUCAGCUGCUUUUGAUUAUUGAGGACCCCAAAAAUGACUUUACAUGGGAAAUCUUUUUCCAGCAAAUUUUUGACGCAAGGAGAAAUGCACUUAUUGAUUUGUAUUUUGUUGGCACAAUCACUAAUAAAUCCAGAAAUCAAAACUGGUAAAUGGAUUAAACUCUUUGAGAGAGAAAUAUAUCUUUGUUACAAAUAAGCUCAAUGCUUUUUUGAAGAGCUGCUGAAACAGAAACACUAGCAUCAACAUAUAGAAUAGUAGAUUAAUAAUUAGUUACUUUGUGUGUGUGUGACUUUCUGCAUUCGCUAACUUUUUUUUUUUAUUAUUAUUAUUAUAAAUAUUAACACUUUUUUUUUUUCUUUAUAUAGUCAACUAACUUUUCAGGGCACCUGUGCAGCAGAAGAAUAAUUAAUCAUGAUAUCAAAAAUUGUGUAUUAAAAAAUGUGUUAAUGCAAUUCCAGUGCCAUUAAGGAGCUAUUUUCUUAUGUUUAUCUCAUUUUUAUCAAUAUCAACAAAGACCAAGGUUACUGGUGUGCAUAAAAUGUAUGUAAAGGUCAGUAAUGAUUCUGAGCAUUUGUUAUUCUUGCUUUUUGUAGACUAGGUGCAUUUAUCUGAAGUCAUUUUGGUACAUUUUAUACAGUGUCAAAGGAAUUACAUACCUUGUUUGUAACUGUGCUGCUUGUUCAAUAAACAGCUAUAUAAAUAC